CAGACACGGUCCCGUCACAGUUCCGUGCUUUCAUCCAGGCUGCGAAUCGGUCUUCCGUUCUGAUGAAAGGUUGAGAAGCCAUAUGAAGAAGGUACAUGAUCACACACCACCACUGAUCCACCUGUGCCCCAUGGCAGAUCGAGAAGGAUGCUUGAAAUGAUUCCCAGACUCGAAAUCGGCAGCCAUGCAUGCCAACGUGGCGCAGCAUGGAAAAUUUCCUUGUGUUUUGCAUGAAGAGAGCGGCUGCACAGAACUGUUUGCAGACAAAGCGACGGCAACCUAUCAUGCAUACAGACACCGACGGUGGGUUUGCUUCAUUCCGCAAUGUGUGGAUAAUGUCAUGGGCCGAGGAAAAUAUAUAUCUCGAACAUGAAAAGAAACAUAGAGAAUUAGGUCAUUUCACCACUCUGACGGACGAUCCGAAACCUAAGGAGUUCAUUGUACGCACAAACUUUGCGGAUGCGGAUGCGACUGCGACGGCGACGGCGACUGCGGCCGAGGGCGACGAAUCUCUUAGUGAAGAUGACACCAUCAGUGAUUCUAAAGCUGAUGACAGUCCAGGGAAAAGGGAUUUCCAUUGGGUGUCGGGAAUUCUGGCCCCCUUCCCUCUGUCACGUGCCGUUUUCGCUAUUGACACGAUCGAGGAACAGCAGCGCUCCUUGUUGGAAAGAAAUCAGAAGCUACUGGAUGAAUAUCCUGACUUCUCGACUCGUUCCCUUGCUCAUCUGGGCCUCAAUUGCAUAGGGCCUUGCCGAAUUGUCGACAAUAUGAUCAGCAGACUUUGCCCAUCGUCCGCGAUCUUAAGCUCUAAGACCACUGCUCUUCGCCGCGGUGAAGGCGGACUAUACAUGCGGACCAGAUGCAUCUCGUGUCAAACGGAAUUUGACCUGAGUAACGCGCUUGAGAAGUACGACCUUAAAGCAAGUAGCCAUGAUCAGAUAUGCGAGAAAAAAUGUUGCACCAAACCUGGCUUCGACGGCUCAAGAUUUUGCAAAGAUCACCUCUCUUCAUGGCGCGACCCAAACCCUCUUGAAACAGACUUCCCGCAACUUCAAAAACUACGAGAGAAUAUCUCUCCGUUUUUGCAAGUCAAGUGGUCCGACGAACCUGCCAUGGGGAAAGUCCUUGCGUUCAUGGACUCCAUUGGGGCCGGGAAGUCGCCUGCCUCGGCGCUCAGAUUCGUCAAUCUUGAGUAUAACAUUUUCACGGGGAGAGUAUUCGAAAUUGGUAUGUGCGAUGCUUAUGGAACUAAGACGAUGGACUGCUGGACUUUAUAUGGAUCCGAAGCCCUCCGCGCAAUCAGUCAAACAAGCUCCACUGCUGAUUGCAACAUGGAUCGCAUGAUGAUAUCGUCGGUCCAAGCACAUUACUGUACUCAAGGCUCAAGGACUGCAAAGCAGGUUGCAGACGAGCUAAGGCGGCAGGGCAUCUCACAAGAGACUUAUUUCAUAGUCUGGCACCUCCACAGAGAUGACUUGUCACGAUUGCGCGAGUGGCUAGAGUCAGAGGGGAGUAUGGGGUACUCCCCCCUGACUCCCAGUGCAUUCCAUUAAUCCCUUACUUUCAGAGAAACCUUCAAGGAGCCAAACUACCGAACAAUAAGCGGUUCCCGUUGACCUUGCCAAUCAUCUUUCCCAUCAUGAUGGGCACGGAUCAUGUACUGGCCGGGAAGAAUCACCACUCCUUCGUGGAUGCGCAGCAGCUGCAGU